UAUUAGGGUGAAGGCACCCCGCACACUUUCCCGACCAAGCCCUAACAUGUAAACACUCCAAUGGAAAGUGUUCCUGAAGCCUCGUGGUGGAACCGCUGUUUGCCCCAUUCAAAGGGAAGCAUGGAAGCUCUACCUUAAAACGGGAUGUGACCAGGAGAGACCUGUCACUGUGAGUCUGGCUUCUGUCUGUCACUGACGUCUUCCCCAGGGUGACGUGACCUCCUGACCAUAACCUUAAGUGGCUGCGGUUCAGAUGAAAACAGUACGGCACUCGGAACAGUCGCUGAGAACAGCUCUCAUCUCCAAGAACCCAGCCCUCGUGUCCCAGUAUGAGAAGCUCGAUGCUGCAGAGCGGCGUUUGAUGAACGAAGCCUUCCGGCCCGCCAGCGAUCUCUUCGGGCCCAUCGUCCUGCAUUCUCAGUCAGACUGGAUCGCCUCCCAUCCCGAGCCUCCCCAAGGCUUUGAAGAGUUUUUCAGUGAUCCUUCCAGAAAGACACCCUCUAGAGAGAAACACAGUAUUUACAUCCAGUGCAUUGGAUCUCUAGGAAAUACCAGAAUUAUCAGUGAAGAAUAUGUGAAAUGGCUCAAGGGCUACUGUGAAGCAUUUUUCUAUGGCCUGACAGUGAAACUCCUGGAACCGGUUCCUGUCUCUGCAACACAGUGUGCCUUUAGAGUCAACGAGAACACGAAGAACCUGCAAAUACAUGCAGGGCACAUCCUGCACUUCUUAAAAAAGAAGAAACCGGAAGAUGCCUUCUGCAUAGUGGGAGUGACAAUGAUUGAUCUUUACCCAAGAGACUCCUGGAAUUUUGUUUUUGGGCAGGCCUCUUUGACAGAUGGCGUGGGGAUCUUCAGCUUUGCCAGGUAUGGCGGUGACUUUUACAGCUCCAGCUACGAAGGCAAGGUGAAGGCGCCGCAGAGGCCAUCUUCGCGUGACUAUUCAGCGUUUGACAGCUAUUAUACUCCCGACGUGACAAGUGUUUUGCUGCUUCGGUCCUGCAAGACUUUAACCCACGAGAUCGGACACAUAUUUGGACUCCGACACUGCCAGUGGCUUGCAUGCCUAAUGCAAGGCUCCAACCACUUGGAAGAAGCCGACCGGCGCCCCCUGGACCUGUGCCCUAUCUGUUUACGCAAGUUGCAAUGUGCUGUUGGCUUCAACAUUGUAGAAAGAUACAAAGCCCUGGUGAGGUGGAUCGAUGACGACUCUGCUGACACGCCCCGAGGUACCCCGAAGCAUGGCCCUGAUGGUAACGUGAAUCUGCCCAAACCUGUGGAAGCCUUCGAGGAGUGGAGAGAGUGGAUAAUGAAAUGCCUUGCUGUUGUCCAAAAGUAAGGGCCUUCAGACAGGAGUAAUUAAAAUACUUGCACAU